AUGCCAGUUUCUUUGAGGUUUGGGCAUUGGCUGGCUAGGUUCUCUGGGCAUUCCAAUAUUAGGCAAAAACAUGGAAUGUCUUUAGAGGAUCUUCCCGAAUCACAAAGAGCUGAUGCAGUGAGUAGUUUGGUGUAUGAAGCAAGUGCAAGAAUCAGAGAUCCAGUCUACGGGUGUGCAGGGGCCAUUUGCCAUCUCCAAAAACAGAUAAACGAACUGCAAGCAGAGGUAGCCAAGACACAUGCUGAGCUUGUCAACAUGCAGUGCCACCAAGCCAAUUUGGUGGCUCUAAUUUGCAAGGAAUUAACUCAAACGCCCGCACCAACACCACCACCGCCUGACCACUGCUCACUUGACAACAAUUUCAGCUCUGCCACUCCUCAGAGCUACCCUUUGUUUGAUGAUAGCAAUAUCUGGGAGGUUAGAUGGGUACAAACUGAAUUGGCCGUUGAAGUAUAUCCCUUACGCCUUCAAUUAUUAGAGGUGCCAAAGGGUGACCGCUCCACAAUGAGAAUAAGCAAGAAGGAGACAAUUGGUGAGCUUCACAGACGAGCUUGUGAAAUUUUUGAUCUUAACUUGGAACAAGUAUGCAUUUGGGAUUACUAUGGCCACCGAAAACAUGCUUUGAUGAAUGACAUGGAUAAAACUCUAGAUGAUGCAAACCUUCAGAUGGAUCAGGAUAUCCUGGUGGAGAUUAUAAACCAUGGAAAUAAUAAUGCAUCGGAUGGAUGUGCCAGUUACGUUCAGGACAAUGGAACAGCCGACAAGGAAGCUACUUCUAUUUCUUUAGAGCCUUCUAAGUCAAACUUAAACGUUGCAGGAGGUAUGUCUAACAAAGGAAUGUCUAAAACAGAAGUAGUGCAGAGUCAGAACCAGACUUCGUCAAUCAGAGAGUUGGAUAAUGCAUCUGGGCAUACUGGUGUUAGUACGAGGGGAUCUUCUUGUGGUUUAACAGGCCUUUUAAAUCUUGGUAAUACCUGUUUCAUGAAUAGUGCGAUUCAAUGCCUUGUUCACACACCUGAGUUUGCCCGAUAUUUUCGUGAGGAUUAUCAUCAGGAGAUUAACUGGCAGAAUCCUUUGGGCAUGGUUGGUGAGCUUGCUAUGGCAUUUGGUGACUUGCUUAGAAAGCUAUGGGCUCCUGGACGGACAUCCGUUGCUCCUCGUCCAUUUAAAGCAAAACUUGCUCGAUUUGCACCCCAAUUUAGUGGUUAUAAUCAGCAUGAUUCCCAGGAACUUCUAGCAUUUUUGCUUGACGGUCUACAUGAAGAUCUGAAUCGUGUAAAGCACAAACCCUAUAUUAAGUCCAGAGAUGCAGAUGGCAGACCUGACGAAGAAGUUGCAGAUGAAUAUUGGGCGAACCACAUUGCUCGUAAUGACUCCAUAAUUGUCGAUGUGUGCCAAGUGUGUAAAAUUACCUAUUUCCACUGCAAGCUAAUGGUUCGUAACAAAUUGUGCAAGGUUUUUAAGAUCAAAGGAAUGACUCUUUGGCAUGCCAGUUUCUUUGAGGUUUGGGCAUUGGCUGGCUAG